AUUUAUAUAACUGAUAGCAACUCAUUUUCCAUGGUAGGACCUGCUCCGUAGAUAUUAACAUUAAUCAUAUCUGUCUUAUUUCAACAUUUAGCCAUUUGGGCGACUCGGCUGACCGAGGACAUUCGGGGCAACCGUGACUUGUAUAUUCAUACAACUUUGCGCGAACUCAUUCUCUACAUUCUAUUUCUGAUCACGCUAAUGAUAGUUGCCUUCGUCCCAAUCAACGAAAACACCUAUCUGUUGAAGAAAACACUGGAAAGGACUUUUAUGGAGGCAACUGUAGCUGAUUCAGAAGAUAGUUUGGCUACAGUCAAUGAUUUGGAUGGAUUAUGGGAGGUGAUCAAGGGACCGAUUGUGGAUGCACUGUAUGAUAAUGAUUGGUACAAUGGUCAACCUAUGUGGAUCGAUGCAGAGCAUUUGUCCGUUAGCUCUGAGAAUCUGUUAAUUGGUAUGCCACGACUGAGACAACUUCGAAUGGCUUCAAACUCUUGCGUGGUGCCUUCGGACUUCAGGAAAGAUAUCAAGGAGUGCUAUGGACCAUAUGAAAUUCGGCUUGAAGACAAAGCGCCAUUUGGCAUAGGGAAUGGAACUGCUUGGACUUACACGUCGUCGAGUGUCUUGGGAAUGCAGACAUUCUACGGAGAUGUGGCUUUGUACGGCGGUGGAGGAUACUACGAGGACUUGUCGAGAAACGAAACCGAAGCGAGAGCGCAGGUCCAAAAGCUAUUUGAACAUUUGUGGUUGAAUCGGGGGACUAGAGCGGUGUUUGUUCACUUCACCACCUACAAUCCCAAUAUGAAUAUCUUCUGUGUCGUUCAACUUAUCGCCGAAGUUCCUGCCUCAGGUGGGUUGGUUGUGGGUGGUGAAUUUCGAUCAGUCAAGCUUAUUCGCUACGUGACGCCACUGGAUUACUUUGUGCUGGCCUGCGAAUGCAUCUUCCUCCUAUUCACCCUGUACUACAUUGUGGAAGAAAUUAUGGAGAUAUCCAAACACAAACUGUCAUAUUUCACCUCCAUUUGGAAUAUCCUUGACAUAGUCAUCAUUCUACUGAGUCUGAUGUGCGCUGCCUUUAACAUCUACCGGACAGUCAAGGUUAACGAGCUACUCAGUCGUCUUUUGGUGGAAAAGGAUUCGUUUGCCAACUUUCAGUUGUUGAGCUUUUGGCAAAUGAACUUCAACUACGGGAUCGCCAUUACCGUAUUCUUGUCAUGGAUAAAGUUAUUCAAGUAUAUCAGCUUCAACAAAACCAUGACGCAGCUCAGCUCAACACUGGGUAAUUGUGCCAAAGACCUGGCCGGAUUCUCUGUCAUGUUCUUCAUCGUAUUCUUCUCCUUUGCUGAACUGGGCUAUUUGGCAUUCGGGACGCAAGUGGAAGAUUUCAGUCAGUUCAUGACUUCUGUAUACACCCUGUUCCGAAUUAUUCUGGGUGACUUCGAUUUCAAUGCCUUGGAGCGAGCCAAUAGCGUAUUCGGUCCCAUCUAUUUCAUCGUCUACGUGUUCUUUGUCUUUUUUGUGCUUAUAAACAUGUUUAUCGCCAUCAUCAACGAGACUUAUGUGGGUGUCAAGUCGGAUCUGCAAUCUCAAGAGAAUGAAUUUGAGAUGAGAGACUUUUUCAAAAAGAGGAUGAAGAGGAUGUUGGAUAAAAUGAAGAUGAAGAAAAGUCGCAUCGAAAAACUACAACAAGCCAUGGAAUUGGCCAACACGAGUAAAGGCGGGCGAAUGGAUUACGACGACUUGGUCACACAUCUGAACGCGAAUGGAUUUACCAGUGAGGAAAUUGACAAUGUGUUUGGCAGAUUUGACUACGAUAAUGACCGUCAACUGUCUAGUAUGGAACAAUUGAAGAUGCAAGCCAAACUGGAGGAAGAAAAGAUGACGUUAGUCCAAGAAAUAGCAAAGGAGGAGAAGAUAGUAUUGGAAGCCUGUCAAACCGAUGAACAUCAGCGUGGUCCACCAGAGGUCACACAAGCCGAAUUCACCAGCGUCCUGAAACGCAUCACAAGAAUUGAAUGUGGAAUGACCACAGUAAUCGAACACCUAGCAACCGUUUUGAAAGGUCUGGGCAGCAUAGAGAAAACAAAAUUAAUCAAGCGCGAAGCUAUGACACGUCUCCUGCAAACUGUGGUCACAUCACCGCUCACAUUAACGAAGUCUCUCUGUCAUUCGAUGUACGCAUAUAACCCCUCCCACCGACAUCUUUUCCCUGUUUUCGUGUUGUUCGUCAAUCAUAUGCCAAGUCGCAUCUCGACGUUGUUUCUCUGUGUGUCAAUUACUCAACUGAGCAUUCAGUUGCUCAUCCCCAAGAGUAUGCAUCCGAUGUGAGAAUUAAAAUCUCUU